AUGGGUGGAAACUCAUCCAAACUACCAGACAGCUACAACAUCGUCAUUAUAGGUGGCGGGUUUGCUGGAUGCGAGUUUGCCAUGAAACUUAAAGAAAAGAGUAAUAAGUUUACGCUGAUUGACGGAAAAGAAGCUAUGCAUAUCAAUACAGGAGCGUUGAGGGCGUCUGUUGAAGCAUCAUUUGCGAAGAAGACUCUGAUUUCAUACAAAGAAAUGUUUGGUGACAAUUUCAAACAUGGUGUAGUGCGAGCUAUUGAUACCAACGCGAAAACGGUAACCUUGGUAGCAGGAGAUGAGGUCGUUACCUACACUCAUCUUGUCAUAGCAACGGGCUCUGUUGGGUUGUUUCCAGCCAAGUUGAUGAUGACGACCAGUACAGCUGACGCCUUACUUCUGUAUAGAAAACAAGUUGAGGAGAUUCGUGGGGCCAAGAGCAUUGUUAUAAUUGGCGGCGGGGCUGUUGGCGUAGAACUGGCCGGAGAAAUAGCCACAGACUAUAAAGAUAAACAAGUGACCAUUAUCCAUCCUCACCACUUCCUGGUCAGUGGUACGAUGUCAGAAAGGUUUCAAAAAGAAGUAAAAGAACAACUGAAAAUACUCAAUGUUAAAUUAAUACUUGGUAAGUUUUUACAUUUCAUUGGUUCAUAUUUUGAUGAAUAG